AUUGGCACACUCGUUACAAAAUCAUAGAAGGAAUAGCUCGUGGUCUCCUUUAUCUUCAUGAAAUUUUGCGUUUCAAAAUCGCACAUCAUGACUUGAAAGCAAGCAAUGUACUAUUAGACGAAGAUAUGAAUCCAAAAAUAUCUAACUGUGGUCUGACAAGCAUGUUUAUGGUAAAUCAAACCCAAAGAAAUAAAAUUAAAGCUAUCAAAACACAUGGUUACAUGUCUUCCAAAUAUUCUUUGGAUGGCUUGCUCUCUAUGAAGUCUAACGUUUUUAGCUUUGGAGUUCUACUCUUGGAGAUUAUAACUGGAAAGAAAACAGUUCUUUGUCCAUGCAAUCAACUAAAGCUCAAGAUCUUAUUAGCUAUGCUAGGAAACAUUGGAGGGAGGGCAGAGCAUUAGAGAUGGUGGAUCAAAGUCUUGGAGGUUUGUAUUCGACAAAUGAAGUGAUACAAUGCAUCCAUAUUGGGUUGCUAUGUGUCCAAG